AUGGCCAAACGCAAAGCAACAUCGACCGCGGAGGGGCAGGCGAAAAAGGCACGCGCCGCCAAGGCGGAGACGGACCGGGGCCUCACAGGAAAUUCUGCGUUCUUUCGCAGCCGUGAGGCCCUCCCUGUGACGGCCUACCGCGCCGAGAUUCGGCAGGCUCUGCGGGAUCACGAUGUGCUCAUUGUGUCGGGCGAGACCGGCUCUGGCAAAAGCACACAGCUGCCACAGUUCCUGUACGAUGAGCCAUGGUGCAGCGGUUUUAUAGCGGUCACCCAGCCUCGGCGUAUCGCCGCUACUACACUAGCCUUUCGCGUGGCCGACGAGAUGAACACACCUCUGCCUCAAGGCUGGCUUUCAAAGUCGGCCACGGGCCUCGUCGGCUACUCGGUGCGCUUCGACUUCAAGAUUCCGAGAGGCACCAGGAUCAAGUACAUGACCGAAGGCAUGCUGCUGCAGGAGAUGUUGGGCGACAAGACUCUCGAGAGAUACAGCGCCAUUGUCAUCGACGAGGUGCACGAGCGCAGUCUCAAUGCCGACCUGCUGCUCGGCUUCCUGCGACAGCUCCACACGAGCGGGCUGCAGCGGAAGGGUGGAAAACUAAAGGUCGUCAUCAUGAGCGCCACAGCCCAGGUGGAAAAGUUCCGGGACUUUUUCCUGGGCGGUGGGGACAGCGAGAGCAAACCGCUGGAUAUCAGCGCAACAGAAGCACAGGAGCCGUCAUCACAGCCGACCUCGCCACCAUCACCGCCAUCACCAUCACCACCACGUGUCUGCAUCCUUGCGAUCCCCGGUCGCCAAUUUCCCGUCAAGAUCAUCCACACCCGCCAGCCAGUCCCGAAGCUGGAUGCGGCUGUCGUUGACAAGGUCAUACAGAUCAACACAGAGGAGCCGCUUCCGGGCGACGUGCUGGUCUUCCUCUCGGGCCAGGACGAGAUUGAGAACAUUGCGAACCUCAUUGCUGAGCGUGCGGCCACGCUCGCGUCCGACGUGCCCCAGAUCGAAGUGCACCAGCUCUUCGGCCAGAUGUCGCUGGAAGACCAGGCCAAGACGAUCCAGCCGGCCAGCAAGCGGUUCACGCGCAAGGUCAUCCUCGCGACCAACGUAGCCGAGACGUCCAUCACGGUGCCGGGUGUCCGGCUGGUGAUCGACAACGGCAAGCACAAGCAGAAGCGGUUUGACGCGCGUCUGGGCAUGGACACGUUGAUGGUCGAUCCUAUUGCCCGGUCGUCGGCCAUCCAGCGGGCCGGUCGUGCCGGCCGUGAGGCGCCUGGCAAGUGCUACCGUCUGUACACGGAAGAGACGUAUGCCGGCCUCGACGAGACCGAGCUGCCCGAAGUCCUGCGCAUUGACAUGCUGGAUGCCGCGCUGACCCUGGCAUCCCACGACAUCCCCGAGUGGUGGGACUUCCCGCUGAUGGACAUGCCCGACAGCACCGCCAUGGAGGCGGCAGUGAUGAUGCUGUAUAGCCUCGGAGCCAUCGACGACCGCGGCGCCAUCACAAAGGACGGCCGGGUUGUUGCGCGGCUGCCGGUGUCGGCUCCGUACGGACGUGUGCUCUUGGCCGCGGCGGAGAACGACUGUCUCCUGGAGGCCAUUGACAUUAUCGCCUGUCUCACCGCCGGCGACAACAUCUUUCUCCGGCUGCAGACCGAGGACGACUUCGAAGAGGUCGAGCAGUUCCGCGAGGAGCUGUGCCGGCGCGAGGGCGAUCUCCUCACGUAUCUCACCACGCUCCGGCAGUUUGCCACCAUCAAGAAGGCCCAGAAGGCCAAGUCCUGGUGCGAGCAGCGGCGGAUCCAUCGGCGCAACCUCAACCAGGCCAUCCGAAUCCGCCUGCAGAUGCGCCGUCUGCUCGUGCAGCUGAAGCUCCUGGACGCCGACGCAGGCAAGGAUCUGGACAGCCAAGAGUUUGUGCCGCUAUCGUCAGAAAAGACAGACGCCCUCCUCAAUUGCUUCCUUCUCGGUUUCGCAUCCAAGUCGGCCCUGCUGGCACCCGAUCUCAGCUAUGUGUCGACUGUGGGCAAGCACGUCAUGCACAUCCACCCUUCCAGCGUUCUGCACGGGCAAAAGGGACAUGGAAUCAUGUACAUGCAGAACGUGUUCACACAAAAGAACUACGUCAAGCAUGUCAGCCGGGUGGACCCAGAGUGGAUUAUCUCGGCCGUUCAGAAGACGUUGAAGAGACCUUAG